AGCCAGCUGCCCUGUGACACCCCCUCUCUGCCCCCGGGGCUGAAAAAGGGCAGUAAUCCCAUUAACGUCACCUUCUUCUUCCUCCCUCCCUCUAGCUGCUGGCUAAGCCCGGAGAGAGGAUUUAAUUGGAGCUUCCUGGGUCCAGUCUGUGUCAUAAUCCUGAUAAAUAUAACGUUCUUUGCCCUGACCCUGUGGAUCCUGAGAAACAGACUCUCCUCCCUCAAUGCAGAUGUGUCCACCCUCAGAGACCACAGGUUACUGACCUUUAAAGCCAUCGCCCAGCUCUUCAUUCUGGGCUGCACAUGGAGUCUUGGUCUCCUCCAAAUCGGCCCAGCAGCCACGUUCAUGGAGUAUUUAUUCACCAUCGUCAACAGCCUGCAGGGAGCCUUCAUCUUCCUGGUGCACUGUCUCCUCAAUCGCCAGGUGAGAGAGGAGUACAGGAGAUGGAUCAGGGGUUUCCGAACAUCAAGCACAAAAUCUCAGAUGUCUGAAUUAUCCAUGUCUCGUAUCCCUACCACCAGCACCAAGACG